UGUCAUUGUGUGUAAAAUCAUUUAUAAAUUGCUAUUACAUCACAACGAAUGCUGCAGCGUGCAACAAACUGAAACAACGCUUGUGAAACCGAAGAACAUAACCAAAGUAAAGAUAUCCAAUACCGUUUUGCAUUUGAAAGUUUAAAACAAUGAGUUCUUGGACUACCGAUGGUUCGAAAGGAUUUUCAACUGUUCGCGAUACUGUAAACUUGGAGCCAAAUGGCGGAGUGGACAAUAUUUUCAACGCCAUGUGGCGAGAUGGAGAUGGUGUGUCAUCAGGACAGCAUUACUGGAAAAUCCAUAUAAAAAGCCUCGGAAAUGGUAUUGGCAUUGGAAUUACAUCAAAUGAACACUUCGGAAAAGGAUACGCUUGCAAAUCCCUCAUGUAUUCGGGUGACUUGAACAUUGGUGAGAGGUACAGUAGAAAACCCCGUCUAGUUGCCGACUUUGGUCCGAAGCCUAAACAAGGCGACACCAUUGGAAUUUUUGCAGUUUUCGAAGGUGAUAGACUGAAAGUGUAUAUUGAAGUGAAUGGUACAAAUCUUGGGCUAGCUUUCGAUGUUCCCGCAUUUACUUUUGAGUCGAUCUUCCCAAUGGUUUCAUUCUACCAUUCGGGAUCGGCUACAUGUACCAAGUAUGAGGAUAUACCGCCGAAUAUUACCAGUCGGGCUCAAAUUGUAUAUCCUGGAAUCGAAGGAAGAUGGAAGCUGUCGAAACUCGGCGAUAAAAUGUUUCCUGCUCCAGUCGCACCAGAGACUGUCAUAUCGAAGGUGGGAACGGAUAAAUAUAAGUGGUAUAUCAACAAGUUUAGCUCAAAUUUAUCAAAUGACAACGGAACCUGGAAGUCGGAUACUUUGUUUAUUCCGGGUGGGAGAAGCCGGAAGAAGCCAAAAGUUGAGGCUAUAGAUCAGACAAUUAUAGAUUUGAUGAUGGCAGUAAAUAAAAUUGAAAUCGAUAGUAAUCGCAAUCUAUCCAUUAGAACGGAAUCAACCUCAUCAACGUGGCACCGGCCCAAAGUCAUGCCGUUUGUUGGAGAACCAUUCGGGAUUUUUGCGUCGAGUUCAUCAGAUUCGUUAAGCUCAAAUUAGUUCGAAAUACAUAUGUGCACAAAGAAUUCAUUAAAUCUAUUAGCAUUUUCCAUUAAA